UCACUAACAAGCGCCUCACUUUCUGUUGCGCUGCAGCUGCUGUCACUGGCGCUGCUGUGUUGCUUUCAGUUCAAUGACAUAUUAAGAAGAAUUGUACCCCUAAGUUACCCCAAAAUGCACAAGGUUCUGAAACCGCGCGUAUUAAUAAGCAAAUCAGCAGUUUUGGCGUUUAGUCCAACACGGCAACUUUGCUCAAAUGACAAAGCUGUAGUGUCUCUCGGGGCGUCGUGUCACCACGGCGUUCUCCCUGCGGAGCUGGACGGCGAGGAGCGGGCCAUGCUGCACCGCAUGCUGCGGGUGGACCACGCCGGGGAGUUUGGCGCUAGCCGCAUCUACGCCGGACAGAUGGCCGUGGUGGGGAAGACACCAGCGGGAGCCAUCAUACAGGAGAUGUGGGAGCAGGAGAAAAGUCACCUGCAGAAGUUCCAUGAGAUCCUGGGUGAGCACCGCGUCCGGCCCACUGCCCUGCUGCCUCUGUGGGACAUCGCUGGCUUCGCUCUGGGAGCAUCCUCUGCCCUGCUAGGGAAGGAGGGGGCGAUGGCGUGCACCGUGGCAGUGGAGGAGAGCGUGUCAGAGCACUACAACAGUCAGAUCCGAGAACUCAUGGAGGCAGACCCAGAGAAGUACACUAAGCUGCUGCUGUUUUGGUAUGAUCCUGCGGUGACUGAAGCUGUGCCUCUGCUCCAGCUGAUUAAAGAUCUCCGUGACGACGAGAUGGCCCACCACGACACUGCGCUGGAACACGACGCUGAAUCAGUGCCGGGCUAUUGGCUUCUAAAGAACGUUAUACAGGUCGGAUGCAAAGCAGCAAUCUAUGCUUCGGAGCGAAUCUAGCUCAUCCAUUUCUACCAACCAGAGCUGUUAAAACAAACCUUUUCCUCUAUGCCUAAAGCAAACAGAGCUUUGCACAGUAGUGGAGCACAUGUUCAUACCUCACCAUGUUUAAGGGAAAGGAGAAAGGAAGGCAGAAGGACCCAUUCAGAGUCUCAAAAUCUGGUCUCUUCCUCCCCGCUGUCAGCGAACCUGAUAGGACACACAACCCAACGUGUUUGAAUUCAAAGGAUUUUUCGAAAGCAAAAUUAUUUCUGGGUGUUUUCCAUGGUUGUGAUGUACGUGACCUCGUUAUGUGUGUGUCAUUGAUUCAGAAUCAGAAUCGGAAUGGGAUUUAUUUGCCAUGAAAGUUUGCACAGACAUGGAAUUUACUUUGGCAGAAAGGUGCCUACAAUAAACGUAAAGGAACCUAAAAUGUAAAUAUGUGGACUAUCUAUACUAAGGGUACAUAGGGUACAUAAACUAGCAGUACUAAGUGGAAUUGUGAGAGUUGUCAUAAAAUAAAUAUAAGUUACCACUCACAAUAUACAAAUACAAAAAAUACAAAUAUUAUUAAAAAGGAAAAAAAAGGAUCAUGGGUCUUUUUAGACAAAUAUGUUAAUGCAAUGCAGUAAUAAACAUAUAC